CGGGUCGGUAGAGUAAAAUGCCCGUUUCCAUUUCGGUUACUUAUAAAUUCUUGCCCCGCAAUAUCUUAACCCUAGAAAACGCACUCUCUUGCUCACUCUCCUGCGGCUUCGAGCUUUUGGUGCUGUUUACUUCAUCUCCUAGCCAUGGCGGACGUGGAUGCCGAUGUCGCCGCACCAGGUGUACCGAAGAAGAGAACGUUCAAGAAGUUCAGUUUCAGAGGUGUCGAUCUCGAUGCUCUCUUGGAUAUGUCCACUGAUGAACUCGUCAAGCUCUUUCCAGCCCGUGCACGCCGAAGGUUUCAGAGAGGUUUAAAGAGGAAGCCAAUGGCUCUGAUAAAAAAAUUACGCAAGGCUAAACGUGAGGCGCCACCUGGUGAGAAACCCGAGCCAGUUAGGACACACCUCCGCAACAUGAUUAUAGUUCCUGAAAUGAUUGGUAGUAUUAUCGGUGUUUACAAUGGAAAGACCUUCAAUCAAGUGGAAAUCAAGCCAGAAAUGAUUAGCCACUAUUUGGCUGAAUUCUCAAUCUCCUACAAGCCGGUAAAGCACGGAAGACCGGGUAUUGGUGCCACCCAUUCAUCCAGGUUUAUUCCACUCAAAUGAAAGAGAUUAUGCAUGUGUCUUUAUUCUUGGUCUUGUUGGAAUGUUGUUUUGUUAUUGAAUUUUGAUCAAUAUGUCUAAUGUUGAUGCUUCUCUUUUGACUAUUCAAUUUAGAAAA